AACGAUAGCUAUAUGACAAUAAAUUAUAUCCAUUAGUCCUAGUUUUUGAUAAUUUAUAUCUGAUGGAACCGAAUUGCACCCCUAUAGUCAUACACGAAUCACUAAGAGAUACAGAUAUUUCGAGGUACUUUUCUACAUUUCGUUUCAAGGUGAAAGUAUCAGAUAGAACAGAGAAAAAUUCAAUUAUAUUUCCCAAGUCUUCGCUCGCCGUCAUCGUCUAUCAAAUUCAGGAAAUUGUCAAGGAUUGGGCUGUUGGAAGAAAAAACAGCGAAUGUUUUAUUUCAUCGAAGCCUGAUAAAUCUAUACUUGACAAAACUGUUUUAUCAACGCUAUCGCAUUUUGCUUCUGUUAACAGGAAGUCAUACGUCGUCUUACUAGCUGCAAAAUUUGACAUACAUGAAAUGAUGGUGUUUACAGCUUUACAAGAAUAUUUCAUGAUGUCAAAUCUUAAUAUUCUUGUUGCGCAUAGCGCAAGAGAAUGUGUUGAAUGUAUAACAACUAUGGCGGAUGCCACAACAAAAGAAUCAAUUUUAAAAACAAAAGAAACAAUUGAUCAAAUAUCUCAAGAAAAAUCAAAUAGUACAGAUUACAUUGCAAAUGCUCUCGUGUGUGCAGGAAUUGAUAAAGAUGAUGCCAAUGCUAUUCAUCGUGCCUGUGGAAGCCUUGCGAACAUUGUACUAUCCGGGAACAAGGAUUACCUCUUGGAACGUACUAACUUGGAAGAUGCUACAGCUAAACAUGUGAUAGAGUUUUUUGGAAAGAAUACUAUUUAUCACUAGAAACAUCCUACAAGGCUGGAACAAGACGGAGCAACGACUUGGAUAUUAACCGAUUUUUUGAAUAUCACUAUCCAGGUGUGUCAAUGCAUGCCGAGUUUCGUGCCACUCGUUGUUUCGUUGUGUACACAUAUUGCAUGCAACUGUUUUUUCGCACUGUCAAGCAUUUAUUUGUUUUUUCUUUCCAAUUUAUUUCUGAAAAUAUUUGUAUAUGUGUUUUAAAUGUCGGCCUCUGCUAGUACCCCAUGUCUACCUGGUUUUUGAAAUGGGAUAAUCAAAAAUAUAACGUCUGUUUGCUGGAUGAAAAACUUCACAAUCCACAAACUUCAUCUUGGUCAGGCGAUUACAUGCUUCCAAUCUGAUUCGAUAUUCAAUAUCAGCUUUGUAUGUUCUUACUUUAGUCAGUUUUAUUGAAAUUUUUUACUCAAUAGAAGUCAUGUGUGACUUGUGAGAAUUCGACUACAUAAGAUUAUUCCAAAUAAAAAUGUUGUCUGGUUUUUAAUUGUUAUCUUUGUUGAUAUUUCGUUACCUUUUUUUGUUUUAUUUUUUACGCGUCCCUUUUUUGCAUCAAAUAUGUUGUAUGAUAACAUCAUUUUCGAGAAAUAGAAUCUUAAACUUCAGAAAAAUAAACCAUAUGAUUUGUUCAUCUAUCAGAUACUAUCGAUUUGUACACACCUAGAAACUCAAAGUGCUCCUUCAAAUACUUAUAUUUUGUUUUCAACUUAUUUAAAUGAUGCGUUUUAUACUUUGUUAUUUCGGUUAUUUGAAAUUUUCCUUUUACGUAAAAAUUUUACAUGAGGUAUGUUUCAUGUCCUUUGUUAACUGAGUAGACCAUUAGUGACAUAGGAAUAAUAAUUGACCCGGUAGACAGAUCACACCAUUGUGAUGACAAUAAAAUCGAUAUGGAAUAAUGUUGAUAUUUUCGAAAUCCUGUUAUAUCGGAACCUUCUAGAACAUUACAUUGCUUGGCCAAUGAUUUACGAAUAUUGAAUAGAGUUUCCGUAUUCGCAUUGUCCGCGAUUUUAGCUCGAACGUGUUGAAUUGCGCAUCAAGUAUCUCGAUUCUGAGAAGCGUCGAUAUUUUGUGUUUUGAGGUGCCGCGAGUGUCCUGGAAAAUCAAUACAUAUAACAUUUUAGGGAUGAUUUGAUGAUAGUGAACAAGACAUCAACUUCAAACGUGUCAUCGCCGUAGUCAUAU